CCGGGUGCGAGCUCUCCUCUGGAAGAGGCAUAGAGAGACAUUUUCCCUGGGAUCUUAAGUGUGGGGCCGCUGGCUGGAGAUUUCGUCCGCCCCAACGCCCAAGGCCCUGGAAAAAAGAGUUGGCGGAGGGAAAGGAAGACGUGCUGGGCCAUGACCUAGGACCUUCGGCUUGGCCCCGGCCGCAAUGACCUCUUUGCCCUGCCCUCUCCCUGGCCGGGAUGCCUCCAAAGCUGUGUUCCCGGACCUCGCCCCCGUCCCGUCGGUAGUGGCUAACUACCCGCUUGGCACGUCCCCCGCAACCGCAGCCUCCCCCGAUUUGUCCUACUCCGGGCCCUAUGGUCACCUCCUGUCCUAUCCCUACACCGGGCCGGCGACGCCAGGGGACUCCUACCUGCACUGCCAGCCACCCGUGGCGCCAUCUCGGCCCCUCGGCGGCCCGGCUGAGAGCCCACAGGAACCAGAUACAGAAUUGGAGAAGCCCGUGAUGUCACCAGAGCCCUCCCAACGGCACCUGCUUGCCCCCGCCAAGAAGCAGCGCAAGCCGAGGACCAUCUAUUCGAGCCUGCAGCUGCAGCACCUAAACCAGCGUUUUCAGCAUACGCAGUACCUGGCACUGCCCGAGAGGGCCCAGCUGGCAGCACAGCUGGGCCUCACCCAGACACAGGUAAAGAUCUGGUUUCAGAACAAACGCUCCAAAUACAAGAAGCUCCUGAAGCAGAACUCUGGGGGGCAGGAAGGGGACUUCCCUGGGAGACCAGCUUCCCUGUCUCCCUGCUCCCCACCCCUUCCAUACCUCUGGGAUCUACCCAAGGCAGCUGCCCUGCCCACUGGUGGCUAUGGCAACAGCUUUGGAGCCUGGUAUCAGCAUCAUUCCCCAGAUGUGCUGGCUCCACCUCAAAUGAUGUGAGUCUAGGAAGGGCAGGUCAGGCCCAGUCCUGCCAAACCCAAGACCGGGUGCACCUGCAUCCCUUCUGGAACAAGAGGAAACCAGCUCCAGAUGGGUUUUCUUGGAGGAUGAAGAACUAGAAGAGAAAAAGGGAUGGGGUGGAGUCCUGUUCCUUAACCCAAAAUGCUAACUCAAGGACUUCAGCCUUUGCCACUGCCCCUGCCACCACAGAUGGGACACCUUCCCUCCAACUGGACAAAAACUCUGGAGAAAGUGUCAUUGGCUGGAGUUUAGUCUGUCCCCAGGACCCUUAAUCUUGUCACUCCUGCUUCAAAGGACUGCAGUCCCACCAUUGCCUGGGGUCAAAACCAGGAGGAAACAUCGAGUAUUUUUUCUGUGUGUGUGCCUUGGGCCCUGCACAACCCAUUUGUGAGCCGAAGCAGAAGUGGACAUCCAGAGUCUUCAAAGUUGGCCACCAUCGGGUCCCACCCCCUGAUACUUCCAUAUCUGGGGGCAUAGCUCUGUGGUAGAGCACGUGCUUAGCUCGCACGAGGCUCUAGGUUCAAUCACCAGAACCAAAACUAAACAAAACAUACAGACAUGGAGUUUGUGGACCUGUGAGUCAUUUAUGUUCCCUUCCUAAAAAGAGCCCUUUCCCCCAUGUCUAUGCUUUUUGAGUAGAUAAUAGACCCAAUUAUCUAUAUAAUUCAACAGGUAUUUAUUAAAAGUCUAUUCCCUCCUACUCCCCACCCCUAAUAUUGAACAAACCCACAUACACAUACUCUUGGGAACCCAGUAGGCCAACACUUAAGGGGAAAUGGGGACAGACGUGUUCUCUGGAUGAGUGCAGGUAUAGACACCCGCAAACAGGUGGGGCAGGUCUGGCAAUGCAGUUCCUUGUCGCUGCCUCUGUCCAGAGGAACUGCUCAGGUUUACAACCAACCUGACUAGCAUCCCCCUAGCGCUUCCCAUCCGUAUACCCUGAGCUUCUGCAGAUUAAAGUUUGUACA